AUGCUUCGUAAAAAUAGAAAACGUUACAGAAGAGGAACUCAAAUACGUGGUCCAACAUUGCAGGAUCAGAUUGUUGACCAUGUAGACGACCAGGCAGAUGGCUCACAUGAAUAUACCUUAGUAAGGGAACGCAAAUCUCGUUCUACGCCUAUAAAAAGGAAGAAAAAACGGGGCGUUGAUCGCCGUGUUGGUCGGCGCAUGAUUAUUGAUAUUCAUUUAGAAGUCUUAAACGAAUGUCAAAAAGGGGAUCUGCAUUCGACGAAAGAAGACUUCUUUCAAAUUUUGGUUCAAGAAUUCAUGGGAUUAGAAUUUAUGAAAGAGGAAAAUGUUCCUAAGGAAGGCUUUCUUACUCAGGAAAAUUUUUUUAAGAAAGAGGUUCCAAGUUCAGAUUCCGGGUUUAGGGAGGAAGACUUUGUUCCAAAGGAAUGUGUUUCUAAGGAACAGGGUUCCGGGUUUAGGGAAAAAGAAUUUAUUUAUAAGGGAGGAUUCGUUUCUAAGGAAUAUCUUCCUAAGGAAGAGGUUCCAAGUUCAGAUUCCGGGUUUAGGGAAGAAGACUUUGUUCCAGAAGGAAGGUAUUUCGAAGGAAGGAGUUGCUAA